UUUGUACUGUACACCUUUUUAUGUGAAGCAUUUUGUAAAUUCAUUUUUGGAUUAAUAGAAUUUAAGCUUUUAUUUCUGUGCCAAGACAUCUUCUGGUAGCACGUAUGCAAAACCAAAGGAUAUACUUCAACAUAAUCUGUUUACAUUAUGUGUAUGUGCAACAUUUAAAAGAAAGUAUGCACUGAGAAACAGAAGAAAGAAGUUGACCCUAUAAAGGGAUUUUUCCCUCAUCUCGCAGGUACUGUACAUGUUUAUCAUAUGUGAAUAGCAAGUUCAGGAUUUGUGCAUUAUAAAUACCGUAUACUGUAUCUCAUAUUAGUGGUACUGCAGCAGUGAUAGCAGUGCUGAGUCCCUUAAAGCACCUACUGUAGUAGUAAUAAUACUGUAGCAAAAGACGUAAUCAUAGUUGUAGUGGCACAAAUACUAGAAGUUGGCGUGCAGGAGCAAUACCCUAGUAGCAGUUAUAUAUAUUAGUUGUAACUCAUCUAUGUGGCUCUAGUAAUUUAUUUUUGUGUACUGAAGUACACAAAUGUAAAAUAAGGUACAGCUAAUACCACUACCGGGCCAAAUUAACUCUCUAAGGGUCCCUGAGGCAAAAAUGAGCUGUGUAUUCCCCAACCUAGUUUGCUUAGAAGCUGAUUAAGUGCUAUUUAUCUGGUUCACAAGAUCAACCUUGAGGCCCUUUCCAUUUAGUUUUUUGUAUUGAUUAAACAAGAUACGUGUUAAUUAGUGAGCUUUAGAAGUGCUAGUAGGUGGAUUUUGUGAUGAACAGAGCCAGGCUGUUUCCCCCUGUUCAGUCUUUGCGGUAAGCUAAGAUAACCAGCUGCUGGCUCCUUCUUCAUAUUGAAUGGGCAAAUUUGAGUCAUACUGAUUUUCUCAUGUGACUCUACAAGAAAAAAGAAAAUAAGUGUAUUUUCCAUAAUGUGUGUUACAACAAGAUGUUGACGCAGGGCCUCGUGAUUGAGGUAAAAAGGUAAAAAUGCACGAGUCAUUGAAGACCCAUUCCAUGUCAGUUGUUAAAAAAUCAUUUCAGUAAACUGUAAUCUUUGGGGCCACGAGUCAGUUGCCCCAGUUGGUAAUUCAGCCACUUAACAGUGAGUGCCUAAUUCAAUCUCUAUAAGAAAGUCGCCACAACUGACCCUCUGUUGCUACAUUUUUCAGUUCAAGUUUAUUUUGGGGUCUUUGUAAUCCUCUCAUGAAUCCAUCCAUGAACUUAUAUUUAUUCCCAGAACCUAGUGCUUUACAGCAGAUGAAGCAGUGGAGGGAUGCAUUUUGAUCUUGAUUUAUGCUGUGAUCUCCUGGCAUGUCAAACAGUGAUAUUUUUCUUUUCAGUCUGUUUUGCUCUCUUGUUUGCUGUCCCACUCUGCCCUCACUUCUCAUUCUCCCAGUUCACUGCACUAACAGGAUUAGUGACUGCAAACAUGAAUGAAAAGCUGCAGCAGCCUGAUGAGCACAGCAUGGCAGAGACACUCACCGUGGCAUUGCGGGUGGCAGAGGAGGCUGUAGACGAGGCCAUUUCCAAGGCUGAGUCCGACACUGCCAAUCAGGAGAAGCAGAAUGAGGCUCACUAUCUGCGGGAGCACAGAGGAGAGCUCAUUGAGGAACUGGCCAAAACUAUUGUGCAAAAAAUUAUUAGUACGAGGAAGGCUUUGGCUGAGAUGAGGGCAGAAUAUGACCAGGAUUGGCCACUUGAACACAACACUGACCUUUAUCAUCAUCAUAAGUCCGACUGUGAUCAAGCCUCCAGCUCCCUUAAACACCAACCAGGCCUCUGGAGGUCACACUCUGCCUUCUCCCUGUUGGACAAUGACCCUCCAGGUCUGAUACAAGACUCCUCACAGGCGCUAAAGAAGGAUGGAGGUGGGUUAGCUAUGUCAACCUGGAAGAGUGUAGACCGGCUGGACAACACUGGUGUGUCCUCAGUGCUGAAGAGCCCAGACGGGAACUGGAUCGCCCUGCAGAGCGCUCAGCUGUCUCGUCCCAGCCUGCUGACCAGAAGGAAGAGCCUAGUCUUCAGUGCCUUGGAGAGGGAGUCUGAAGUAGUGUCCGCCUACGAAGGCAUGGGCUCUGACCUCGAAACCAAACCCGACCCUGACAGAUCUUGGGGUGCCGUCCUCCAGGAGAUCCACAGGAAGAUGACGGACUCUAACUCCAACCUGCAGGACACCCGCGACAGGAUCCCAUCCCCACUGAUGGGCCGCCGAGGCAGCAGAGAUGAUCUGUUUUCAGACUCUGAGGGGAACUGGAAGCCUAACACACCUGUGUUGGCUCUUUUUAAGAGGAAGGUACCCGCAGAGAUCAGGCGACCUUCAUCCUCCCUUAGGACCAGCAUCAUCGAUGUGAACUUUAACGUGGAAAGAGCCGGACUGGAAGAGGAGAGCAAGGUGGCUGCAGAGCCGGAUGUGGGAAAAGUCAGGAGAUCGCGGAGGAAAAAGAGGAGUAAAAAAGAGUUGUCUUCUGUGCUGGAUUACAGCAACAAAGACAACCAUUUGCAACAUCCUUCUGAUGCUGCAACCCCUGAACCUUUUCACCUCGAGGGUGACAUGACAGGACAUGGAACAAAUCAGAUUGAGCAGGAGUACACGCUAAAGCUACAUCCAUUAGCAGGCCGCGUUUCUGAGUCCUCCACCGGAGAAGAAGAAGUGAGAGAUGCUGGUAAUGAUGGACAGAGGGAGGAAAAGAGACGGGGGAGUGAGGACAGAGAUGAAGAAGAUGAGAGGCUGUGGAGGAUGGAGAUUGACUUGGAUGAAAAAAGAACAGAGGAAGAGAAAGACGUAGAUGAUAAAGAGAUGAAAUACAGAUUAUUCAGGCUCAUCGCACAGUCCACACUCACAUACUUCUCAUCUACUGAUGAGUUAGACAAAGCUGGUCAGAGUAAAGAAGAAUGGGAAGGAGACAGGGAUGAAGAUAUGGAUCAAAAGGUGAAAAAGACAGACGGACUUAGUUCUAAACUCUGUCAGCUGGAAAAAGAAGUCCGGGCCAACCAGUUCUCCUCCACAGAGGAUGAGCUGGACAGAGUUGGCAUCAUUGAUGAAGAGAAGAAGAAGACAGGCGAGGAGGAGGAGGACCUGGCAGUGAAAGUGUGCCGAUUAGCUAACCAAGCCAACGCCACCCAGUUUUCAUCCACGGAGGAUGAGUUAGACCGAGCAGGCAGAGGUGAAGAGGGGAAGGAAGCGAUAGACGAAGAGAAGCUGUGGAAACUGGAGGCGGAAAAAGACGCCCAUGCCGCUCAACUGCGUGAUUUGGCCAGUCUAGUUAGUGCUUCCCAGUUUUCUUCCACUGAGGAUGAGCUGGACAGAGUUGGAGAGAAUGAGGUGGAGGUGGAGCAGGAAGUAAAUGAAGUAGGAAUUAAGAGGGAGGAAGCAGUGGGAAAGAAUCGGGAAAGGAGAGAAUCAUUUGGAGAUUUGGAUGUGACAAUGUUUGAUUUAAGGUAUGAAAUUGAGGAAAGAAAGACGGAGAGCAGUGAUGAAAAAGUUGAAGUUGUCCAACAAGAUCAAACAGAGGUAGAGGAACAUAUACAUUGCAUGGAGGAGAGAGUAACAGAUGAGAAUGAAAGAAUGGUAAAGGGGCAUAUAUGUGAAGAAGUGGAAGUUAUGAAAGAGGACAAGGCUAAAAAAGCAAAAGAGACAGAGGAAAGACAAGAGAUGGAGUCUCUGCAAGCAGAGAAAACGGAGGAGAUAUUAUCCUUACAUGAGACAAAAGUCCAACAAGAGAAGUGGCCAGACAAAGAGGAAGGAGAAGAGAGACAGGAAGAGGAAAAGAUUAGAGAAAGCAAAGGGAGUCAGGACACAGCAGACAGCGAUGAGGAAGAUGCAGAAUUUCACAGAAUAAUCAGCAGCAUGUUAAUGAUGACUUUGGAUGACAUGCAGGUAGAGACAUCAAAGGAUGAAGCUGCAGAAAAUGGGAGCAUAAAUAUAGAGCCAGAGGAAGUAGAGACCGAUGAGAAUGUAAAAAUUGGGUUCGAAAAUGGAUUUGAGGAAACCGCUGUCGAUGCACAAAGCACAAAUGAAUCAGAGGAGACAGAAAGUGCUAAAGGGGUCCAAAGUCAAGACGACAACUUGAUGCCAGAGUCGGCUGUGAGAGAAAGACCAGGAGAAAAUGUAUGUGAGCAAAUUCGAGGAGAUAUUUCCAGAAAAAAGGAGAGUGGAGAUGCCACAGGUAAAAAUGACAAUCAGCAGGAAAAAUAUGCAGAUGCACAAGAAAAAAGACCUUUAGCAAUCAAAGAGACACGUAAGGAUCAUGACGAACAAGAGGACAGAAAAGUUACGACUGAGUGGAAAAUGAUAGAGACGCAAGAAGAUACUGCAGAGGGAGCUUUUGAAAAUAAAGAAACGGAUAUAAGACUGGAGGAAACCAAGGAAGAAAAUGCAGAUGACAUGGAGCAGAGCAGCAUCUCUUCUCUAAAGGAGGGUUUACUGUCACCUGAGGAGAUUCAAAGCGGUAGUGACAUGGAGCUUUACAAAACAAUAGAGUUUAUCUCAACUCUGCUGGAGCAGAGGUACACGGCGGUGUCUCUGCGCAGCAUCACCACUGAGGUCCUGAAGGUGUUGAAUGCCACUGAAGAGCUGCUGCUGCAGGGGGUGGAGGGAGGAGAUGGCCCGCGACUUUCUAGCACCUUACUGCCCCCCAACACAGACCCCAAAAAACUGGAUGAACAGUUCUCCAGACUGGAGGAGAAUGUGUAUGUGGCAGCUGGAGAGGUGUACAGUCUGGAGGCGGAGCUGAGUGACCUGGAGGAGUGUGCAAGGGGCAUCUGCAGCGGGACGUCCGACAUGGAGCUGUCCUUCCUGGAGGAGCAGAUAGCAUCUGCAGCUGCUAAGGUUCAACAGUCUGAGCUGCAGACUUGUGACAUCUCGGCCAGAAUUGCUGCUUUGAAGAGUGCAGGCCUCAAUGUGGACCCACAACAGUCACGCUUCGCUAAGACCAAGACUAUUCCAGUUACGCCUGUCACUGUGGACUCAUCAAGACAGCUGAGAAGGCGAUUACCUGCACCACCAGUGAAAGAAGACAAAAAGGAAACCUAAAUCAUCGACCCAGGACCUUUGCAGUACCUCCAACACAGCAGUGCCUUGACCCUCUCACUCUGCAGCCUACAGGCCGGUCUUAAGUUCCAUUGCCUUAAUUUCAUUUUUAGACUAAACAUGAAAACACAAAUAAUACAGGACACUAGUACUGUAUGUCACUGGAGGAAACUGUUGAUUCUCGUGUAAUCUUACCAAAACAUACAGUAGAUGAAACUCCUUAACAGUUCUGAAAAUGUAUAGGCAUCGAUCAAUCUGAUAUAGAGAAGGAGCAGGUUAAACCAUCAGCUCACUAGAAAAUCACAACUUUUGAACAUGUGAGUUUUAGGACUUUUUUUUAGAUUUCCCAAAAAAAUGAGAGAACUGGUGAAAUUAUUACAUUGUAUAACAGCAUGUGUUCGAAAAAAUCCUAAUGUUUUAAUAACACUUUUGAAAGACUUCAUUUUAACAUCAUUAGCUGUCCAUUUAACUUGCUGAUAAAGAAAGCUAUACUGUACAGUGACUGAAAAACACUAAAUUAUAAGCCACUAUCUAAAACCUGCAAUUUUUACCAUUGUAUCAUAAAUAUACAGAUUACACAUGUGGGAACAAUUAUAGCAUGUUAGAAAAUUGUUGCGAGACUGUAUCAUGUCUAAAAUAUAGACCUGUGUUUUUUUCCAUGGUUGUGGAUGUUUGUACAGCAAACUAAUCAGUAAUUAUGUUUUCUGCCUUUUAUUAUUAAGUUCAGAAAAUAAAGUAGAAAUUAAAAAGCU